AAACAGCGAAGGAGAAAGAAAGUUUUCGUUGCAUUUGAUUGCGAUUUCUUCUGAUUUAUAUCCUCGAUUGCUUYCCCAUUAAGAAAAAAUUAUGGAAAGCUUACAGAAGGAACUGGCUAAGAUAACAGUAACUUUCCCAGACAUUGAUUUACCGUCAAAGAGGGAAGAUGUCAAUGAAUUGCCAAAUGAAUACAAGAGCAACAAUGUCAAAGAGAAUUUAGUACUGUCAUUUGCAGAAAAUUUUAGGCGCCAGUUUGUCCAUCUAUAUAGAGACAGGAAACCUCUUCUCCUCAAUCCAGUCAAUGAGUGUGGAACUGAGAAAUUUAUCUGCACAUAUGUUCGUCCAACAUUGCUGCCAUACAAAGAACUCUAUGACUAUGAUGGAUGCUCCCAGUUUGUUUCUGAUUAUCUGACAUUUGAACCAUUAGACCCUGCCAUUGAUUUGCCAAGUACAUUAUGUUCCUCAACAACUGUACUGAGGAAACAGAAAGGAAACUCCUUUGAGUUUAGUAUYYUACUUAGCUCCCUUUUGAUYGGUGCUGGUUAUGAUGCYUACUGUGUGUGUGGAUAUGCAACGCGAGAAAUGACUCUYAUGGAUGAAACUAGAGAAAUUUGUCCUAUGUUAAAGAAGAAAGACGAGGUGUCAAAGGAAACUACAAAGAAAGAGAUGAAGAAGUAUUCUGUUAAGCCUCCCAAGGACCUGAGGAGUAAAUUUGAAGCAAAGGUGGAAAACAAGAAGUUGGCUGAAGAAGAAGCAAAAGAGAAAAAGAGAAAGGAAGAAGAAGAUAAUAGAAUUGCUGAGCUUGAGAAGCCCAAGCCUGACCAGCUUUAUGGCCUCCGAGUUCAUUGUUGGGUUCUUGUCUUGUCUGGCAAAAGAGAAGUACCCGAAAGCUUCUUUAUUGAGGCAUUGACAGGGACAGCUCACCCUUUGAACCAUGCCCAGUAUCUUGGAAUAGAAAGUGUGUGGAAUGACAARAAUUACUGGGUGAAUAUGCAAGAUUGUUCUAAUGGUGUUCAGGAUUUGGUUUAUGACCUUGGUGAUCCAGCAAGAUGGGAAUUCAUGUUUCCUGGUUCAGACAAGCCUCUUUUGAUGCUUCCAACAGUGGAUGAUGAACCACUUGAUCUCGAGGAGGACGAAGAUGAAGAAGAACCAUCAGAUUUUGAUCUCCCACCUUCUUGGGUUCUCCCAAUCGAAAUCUCUCUCAAAGAAUUUCAAACAAAGUGUCCUUAUGGCAAGAAAACCAAACUGUACAAGAAAGCAAAGCUUGAGAAGUUUGCUGAGUAUCUCUUGAAAGAUGGACUGUUCUCAAGACUAUCUAUAAGCAGCGAUUAUGAAUUAAAUGAUCUCCUUGAGAGGCGAGAAGUCUUCAAACACCGCAUAGACAAACUUGAAACAAAGACACAUAACAUUACUACAGGCUUGAUAGUUGAACACUUUGCACCUGGGAGACCUGAYUGCCUUCAAGAACAUAUUUACAAAGCAUCUUCUCCUGGACCAGAAACAGACAGAACAAUGAAAUUUUACUCUAGUGCUCGUAUUGAUGGACUGGUGAAAAGAGAAGAGACUCCAGAAGAAAUGACAGAGACGUUUGUUGAUCGAGAUGACUUUCUUUACUAUCAUCAUGUGACAUUUGGGAAACGUGUUAAGAAGUUUGGACCUCAAGACAACAAUUCCCGUCCUAUUUUGAAARUUGUUGAAAGGUUUCAUCGCAACCCUGCAAAGGAAGCACAUGAAGAUGUUGCAGAGCGUGUAUUUCUAAUCUCUGAGGAACGAAUCACGUURACAUUUCACCUUGAAGACCAAAGGGUUACUGCUUCAACAAGAGAGUUCAUACGACCACCACAUACUGCUGAAAAAGGUGGUGCAUUGAAYAUGACUCCUGAUAUGACUACAUCUUUUCAGGUGGAUCCACUGAGCAAACCACUAAAAAAUCUAAAGGUUUACGACAUGUUGGUUUUUCUUGUUGAUGCUGAGGAGAAAAGUGUACAACAAGUCAGGAUCUCUGAGGAAGAGGUCAAAGAAAUUUUGCAACAAAGAAUAACAGAGGAAGCAGCUCCUCAACUGUCUGUAUCAGUCUACGACACUGAAAGAAAUGAAAAAGCCAAGUUACACAGGGAAGAGCUUGAGAGAAAGCAACGUGAAGAAGCAAUGAAGAAACAUGAGACAGAACUUGACUAUCUUGCACCAUUUUUGGCUCAGAUAGGUGAUCCUCCCCAUAUAAGUCGGCCAGAAGCCUUCAAACUCAAAGAGGAAUGUUUGCAAGACUUGAAACACAGGCUCAUAGACAAAGCGAAUCUCAUUCAGGGAAGAUUUGAAAAGGAAACUCAAGAGCUUCAACGUAAACAAAGCUGGUAUCAACAGAACCAAGUCUCCAUGACCAAAGAAGAUGAAGAAGAAUAUCUGAACUAUUGCAGUGAGGCAAUGUUUAGGAUUCACAUUUUAGAACAACGACUAAACAGACACAAAGAACUUGCACCACAGAAAUACAUGCAGCUUGAACAAAAGCUAAGAAAUGACCCAAGACUAGCAGAAUUUUUUUAAACUUCAAAAAAGAAUUUAUUUAUUUUGACAGAGGCAGUUCUAAACUACAGUUUGCUACUACAUUUUGUAUUCAGUACAUAAAAWAUAUUUCAGUGGCAAGUUAAUCAUUAUUUUACAACUUUGUACAUUAUCUUGUGUAGGAUUUGGUUUGUUUUGUAAAUAAAAAAGUCUUAAAAUAAAAUAGCAAUUUGGAUCA